UCAGAAGCAGAAGAACCUUCAUUACUGUCAACGUCAACGUCAAAGUGAAUGAAUAGGCCUUGGUUCCGAAAUUACUACACUGAAUCUUGAAAUCUUUGCUUGGAAGAAUUGAUAGGCUAUGAAGUGAAGCAGCAUAUGCGUUUAUUAUGCUACAGACAAGAUGUCAUGGAUUACAGGAUUUGCCGAUAAGGCUGAACAGAUUUUAAACAAAAUUGACCAAAGUGCUGCAGAUAAACUUCAAAAAAAGAAACCAGCAAAAUACAUCGAGGAACCAAUUUUAAGUGAAGUCACCACUGAGUCAAAUUUAGUCAAACAGAGUUUCCUCUCAGGCCAAAGAUCGAGGCUGACCCCACCACCGAGCCCAGCCAAGAAACCUUUACCACAAGUCAAAUCGGCCCCAGUGAUGGUCAAUCAGGUCCAAGAAGAAGAAAAACUCAUUGAUUUUCUCAAUGACAAUUCUUCCUCGACAUCAGAGACCAAACCAGAUAAUUUACUUGUGAAAGAUGUAGAAGCUGGUGGAUUAGAUGGGGAAAAACAAAUGUUGAAAAAUGAAGUCAGAGUUUUGAACAAUGAGCUAUCACUGUUACUUCACCGCACUAGAGCUGCUGAGAAAGAAUCUGAAAAUUUAAAAGCGGAAUUGCAAGAUGUUGAAAAGUCCCGUCCCAGCCUUACUGAAGAAAUAAAGAAUCUAAGGACACAAGUGAAAAGUCUGGAGCAAGAAAACUCUGCCCUGGCUGCUGAAAAGAGACAACUAGAUGAUUCUGCCACUGCUCAGACAGCCAAAAAUGAUCAAAUCUUGGAACUUCAGAAGCAAAUCAAGAAUCUCAAAGAAAGAGAAGAAGAACUAACACAGAGGCUUGAAAGCAAAGAACAAGAAUAUGUAGCUCUAGACUCAGUCCGACACCAGCAUCAGCUAGAGGUGGACUCUCUGAAUCAGAGGGUGACUGAGCUUCGAUCAGAACUGGACCAGUUGAGGACACGAGCUCAGCGAACACUUAGUGAUAAGGAGACAAUCAUCAACCAACUAAGAGCCAACAACUCCGACAGCUCAGUGGAGACUAGCUUCCAGACUGAGCUGGCUCAACUCAGAGAAGAGAAGCAGAUGCUGAUGGAUGAACACCAGGAGACCGUAGGUCAGCUGGAAACGGUCCGUCGGAGGCUGGUGGAGGUGGAACACACUCUGGACGCAGUGAGGGAGAAUGCAGCACGCACACAGCAGGAGCUGCAGGACAGACUGGCACGCGAGCUGCAGAAGAGAAACAUCAUCGAGGACGACUUUCGCAUACAGACACAGGAGCUGCGCUUGGUGCGGGAGGAGUACAGUGCACAGCGAGGUCAGCUGACCGCACGGCUGCGUGAGAAGGAAGCAGAGCUGGCGCAGCUACACAGUCAGCUGGCUGGUGCACCACGACCGCCGGCACCACACCUGCUACCUGGCGAACUGGAGGUGCGGCUGUCCAGCCUCACCAAGACACUGAUACAGAAGCAGACGACGCUGGAGAGUGUCACCACGGAGCGCAAUCAGCUGCGGAUGCAGUUGGAGGAACUCGAGCACAAGCACAGAGAACACCUGAUGAUGCUUCACCAGUCCAGGAUCAUCAGUGCAAAUGAUACCGAUGAUGCCAAAGCCCAGGUACCCAGUUUCAUGAUGGAGAGUCCGUUCGACACCGGAGUUGCUCGUAGAGUGAAACGAGCUUACUCAUCAUUGGAUGCUGUCAGUAUACGCACAGGCGUGUUCCUCAGACGAUACCCACUUGCUAGGAUUAUGGUCAUACUUUAUGUGGUGCUGUUACAUUCAUUGGUUUUGGUGGUGCUGUGUUCUCGAACACCGGACAACGCUCAAAAGUGAAUGUAUUGUGAUGUUAUGGUAAGCAAAUAAAUGUUAUUUUU